CAUUUCGUACGCUAUUCCAUGUCAAUUUAUAAUUAUUAAAGCGACAUGUUAUACUGGCAAGGUUGCUCAAAUUGUGUAAUUGGAGAUUAGUCAACCUCCUAGAUGAUGUAGACCCGCCCAAACUGGUUUCUUUUUUUAUGCUGUAAUCCAUCGUGGAGACAGGUAAUAUGGUGAUGAUUGAACAGGCUCUACUGCCAACAUGCUACUAUUUAAGGUGCACAAAUGCAGAGGACAGAUACUUUGCCUGCCUUACAGACAAUACCACCCUGUCAUUUAGCCUUGUCCUGAUGCCAGCUGGAUCUUCUCUCUUGCUCUGCCGUUUCAACUAGGCAUUCAGUUACCAGCAGAAGUGAUCCGUGGACUGCAGCUAUGGGCAACUUGUGCUGCUGUGUUCAAGUUGAUCAGUCGACCGUGGCCAUCAGGGAGCAGUUUGGCAAGUUUGACAGCGUGCUUGAGCCAGGGUGCCACUGCAUGCCCUGGUUCAUCGGGAAGCGUGUAGCUGGUCAUCUCACGCUCAGGCUGCAGCAACUGGAUGUGCGCUGUGAGACCAAGACUAAGGACAAUGUCUUUGUGAACGUCGUGGCAUCUAUUCAGUACCGCGCUCUGGCUGGCAAAGCAAGCGAUGCGUUCUACAAACUGAGCAACACAAGGUCCCAGAUCCAAGCUUACGUCUUUGACGUUAUCAGAGCAAGUGUCCCCAAGCUCAUCCUAGACGACGCUUUCGAGCAGAAGGAUGAGAUCGCAAAGGCUGUGGAGGAGGAGCUCGAGAAAGCCAUGUCAGCUUACGGCUUUGAGAUCGUGCAGACUCUGAUCGUGGACAUCGAGCCAGACGAGCACGUGAAGCGCGCAAUGAACGAGAUCAACGCAGCGGCGAGGCUGAGGGUGGCCGCGAACGAGAAGGCUGAGGCUGAGAAGAUCGUGCAGAUCAAGCGCGCGGAGGGGGAGGCGGAGGCCAAGUACCUGUCCGGGCUGGGCAUCGCCCGGCAGCGGCAGGCGAUCGUGGACGGGCUGCGUGACAGCGUGCUGGGCUUCUCCGUCAACGUGCCGGGCACCACCGCCAAGGACGUGAUGGACAUGGUGCUCAUCACCCAGUACUUCGACACCAUGAAGGAGAUCGGCGCGUCGUCCAAGGCCUCAUCGGUGUUCAUCCCGCACGGCCCCGGCGCGGUGCGCGACAUCGCCACGCAGAUCCGCGACGGCCUCCUGCAGGGCUCCGCCGUCUCCCACCACUAGUUCGCUGGUGCUGGAGCAGCGUGGUGGGCGUGGAUCCAUUCAGUCACAAGGAAGGAGCUUGCUAGCUAUACCAUUUAUGCUUGCCACUGUCAGUCAGGGUCAGUGUGGUGCCUGUCUAUAUUGCUCAUGUGUGUUAUCUGGAGUGAUCUCAGCGUGGAACCGUAUAUAAUGGCUCUCGAGUGUUACCUGCUACUGCUAGAAUGCUUGGGGAUCGACAAACUUAUCUAACCUUUUAGAGAAGUGGCAAGAUAAAUAUAAUGCAGCAUGAGUUUGCAGUAUGUCUA